GCUGCGCAUUCGCGUUCCAAAAGCGUCCACCUAAUCCCACCCCUUCGCUCGCUCCCGCAAUCCUUCCUUCUUCUUCUAUCGAUAAUACUCCCAUGCGUUCUUCUUCUAGUUUCCAUUCGUACACUUUGAUGUCCCGUGCAGUUUGGAUAGCCCUGCUAUUCAUGCUAUCCUAUGCCCCCACCCGGGGAGCCGCUGGAGCAGCAUUCAUUGGUCGCGCCAGGGUCGAACAUGUCGGCCGAGUGAUGUCGUAUGGAUUAGAUCCCCGCGGCGAACGCAAGGGCAACAGUCUUAUUGGUACCGGAUGGGUGGGAGCAGACACCGCCCAGAGCGCGCGAAACAAAGGGCCCAACGAGGCGGUGGGACAUGCGAGCAACAGUAGUCGGUAAGUUCAUCCUUCCUAUCCCCCCCCCUUCUCAGAGAUUGAUGAUGUUGCCCGUUCCUUCCCUCCCGGCUUACUCCGCCUAUUUGUUUCAACUACCCCAUUUACUCUUUCCUCUGCUUAGUAUUGUUUUUUUCCCCUUUUCUUUUUCUUCCUCCUCUCUCUCUCUCUCUCUCACUUCGGUAGGCAUGGCCAUGAAGUAAAGAGCAGAAGGAAAAAAAGAAAAAAAAAUAGUAUUCUCAUGGCAAGGAAAUCAUGCUUGUGCGCACAUUUGCUUGUUUCUUCCCACCCCCCUCCCCCCCCACACACACCUCCCCCAUCAUACUCCGGGGUGGAAAAAAAAAAAAAAAAAAAAGUAAAAGGGAAAAAACAACGGUGACAUAUGGCACCCACUGUACGCGCAAGGCUAAUCAUUGGAACGAACGGAUCAUAUGAGGCGAUAUAUUCUAGAACCGACACGGCACUUUUAAUCACCAUCGGAACUUUAAUCCCCCUAUGCCUAUUGGCCAUCUGGCUCCUCGUCCAUAUGAGAAAACGCCCAGCAGAACCAAGGAAUGAUCCCGAACACCAGGCUAACGAGUAUUACGACCCAGCCGCAUACCCGCUAGGUCUCGUCUCACAACUGCGGCUGCCACAGUCGGGGCCAAGAUCAACCAUUCCCGGUAUACCACCAUCACCACCACCACCACCACCACCAGCCCACCAGAACGGACAAAACGGACAACACGGGACAGAAACUUCUCUCACUUACCCCCUCACUUCCGCUGGCGCAUCUUCGACUGCCCUUGCCGAAAAUAGAGUAGAGGAGACCCCACGCCCUUCGAUAUUCACCAGGCUAAGGUCCUGGUGGAACUACGAGACCCCACUGACACAGAACGAACAUAGGGAGAUCAACAGGAUGGGGGCAGGAAGAGGAGAAGGAGAAGGAUCCCUUGUUUUUGGGGACAUAGACUUGACCGAGUUGGUAUACUCCUUGCGGCACCUAUGAUGCCACACACUAGCGGCGGGAAGGGGGGGGGGAAGGGAAGGGAAGGCUACGUGCCGUGUGAUACCUGCAUCGAUACUCGAAUCUGCAUAUAGACAUGAACUGGAGAGAACCGACACGCGACAAAAACCAAACGGAUAAAAAUAAUAUAAAAAAUAAAAUAAAAAAAAACAGCUCCUUCAGGUAGUGCACAUUAACAAAAAGCUGUAUAUAUCAAACCAUUAAAAACUGACCUAUUAAUAACAUUAUGCUUCAUCAU